CUACACAACAGAAUCAAAAUGACCAAGAGAAAUGGUAAGUCACUAGCGAUCCUCCUAUCAUCCAGAAAGCAGAGGCAGUUCCGGUCCAAUCUUAGCGCAAUCGGAAAUCUGAUUAAAAGCUUAAAUCUAAAAGAGCAACAUAAACUGCAACUUCAGAAAACACCUUUCUGGCAUUUGCUCAGUCAGUUCAAAGGAAAGCAGCUUCAAGUCAAGAAAAGAAGAUCUGAUGAUGCAAUCGUGGAUUUAAUAAGCAUGUAUGAUGAAAGGCAGAAUGGAUUCAUGUUGGCAGGAAAGGUGGAACUCUCUGAAAAUGACAUUACACUUAUUUUUGGUGUGACGUCGGGAGACACAGAGAUUUCCAUUGGAAGAAAGACCAAGCCAACAGAUUCGGUUUUCGUCUCGAGGAGAUUCAGAGACGUAAAAAUUCUGAGCUCAUCCAACAUCAAGAGUGCACUGCAAGAAGUAAUUGCAAGUGAAGAUGUUGAUGAUGCAGAAGACGUCGCACGUUUGCUGAUGAUGUAUGUUUGCUUGACCCUAUUCUUCUCAACAAGUGGGGAUGCCCUUCCAUGGGCAUUUAUUCAUUAUAUUGAAGACUUGGAAGAAGUUAAAAACUACAAUUGGUCAAGAGCCAUAAAAAACAAUUUGAUGGACUCGAUCAAGAAAUAUGUGAGAACUGCUGUCAGUGUGACAGGUUGUGUGAUUGUGUUAUUGUAUUGGUUCUGUGAACACACUAAUGUGUUCAGCCCUGUUGACGAUGAAAAGUUCCCAAGAUUCCUGAAAUGGGACCUUCAAAAUUGGUCGAAGAACUUCAAGGACCAAUACAUCUCGACACUCACAGCAGAUAAGGUUUUUGAAGGUGACCUCAUCCACACUAAUGAGGAGACACAAGUACUUCGAGAGAGUCGAGAAACAUUUGAGGUCUUUCAUAUAAUUGAGGGAAAUGAAGAAUUGGCUGGGUCAUCAAAGAAGAGUAUUUAUGCCACUGGUACUGACGAGAGCACACCAAGCAUCAGUUCAGUUCCAAGUGACACUGGCGAUUCAACUACUCGUGUCUCAGUCAGCAAUGAUGAAGAAAUCAAGCUCCGUAAUACUGAAGAGAGCACACCCACUUCCAUUGAUGAUAUUGAACAACCAGAGACAACGCAUCAAGACGAGUUUGCGGAUUCUGAAAUAAUGAAAGAAGAUUUGGAGAAAGCCCGAGACAAAGUGCUUAUAGUUGAGCAGGAAAAGGAGGCAAUGAAUCUUGAAUUGCAGAAGCUUAAAGCUGAAAAUGUGCAACUCGUUGCACAGCUUGAAGAAAAAGUUGAUCAACUGGCAAAGUCUAGCCAAUUAAAUAUAAACCUUCAAAAUAAGUUGGAAGGUUUUGAAGCAGCAGUCAAAACAACAAAGCAAGAAGACAAUCUUCAAAGAAUGAUGGUUGCUCUGGAGAAAAUUUGUGAAAGAGUCAAUCUUGAAAAUGAUGAACUAAAGAAGGAGGUGGCUGACAAGAAGCAAAAAAUAAAGAUGUUGAAAGCAAGUCUCUCUGAGACAAAGAAGACAAAUAAUGACCUGUUCGAUCAAGGUAAGAACAGUUCACCUCAGUUGGCAACCAUGCAGCAGAGAAGGGCUGAUGAGAAUGUCGCAAGACUUGUUGAAGAGCAGAAGAAAGAGAAAGAAGAGGCGCUCGAAAAGAUACUUCAGUUGGAAAAGCAGCUGGAUGCUAAACAGGAGUUGGAAAAGGAAAUUCAAGAGCUAAAAAGGUUACUGGUGAUGAAGUGCCUUGGUCAAGAUGAUGUUGCCGUUCAAGAUAAGAUGAAAAAGAUGAAUAAAGAUUUGGAGAAGAAAGCUGACAAACUCGAUGAUAUGGAAGAUCGGUACAACAUUCUAGUGUUAAAAGAGCGCCAGAGCAAUGAUGAGCUCCAAGAAGCUCGUCGAGAGCUAAUAUCGGGUUGGAGCGAGCUGUUGAGGACACACACUACUCACAUUGGAAUAAAGAGAAUGGGAGAAAUUGAUUCAAAGCCGUUUCAGAACAAGUGCAAGGAGAGAUUUUCUCCUGACGAAGCAUUGGUGCAGGCAGCCAUCAUUUGCUCUUUGUGGCAGGAAAAGUUGCUGGAUCUGGGAUGGCAUCCAUUCAAAAUAAUAACUAGGGGAAAUUUUUUACAGGAAAUAAUAGAUGAAGAGGAUGAAAAGCUACAGAGUCUCAAGGAGGAGUGGGGAUCUGAAAUCUACAUGGCAGUUGUAACUGCUUUGAAGGAACUAAAUGAGUAUAAUCCAAACGGGAGAUAUGUGAUUUCUGAGUUCUGGAGCUACAAGGAAGGAAGAAAAGCCUCAUUGAAGGAGGUCAUCAGUUACAUCUUGGAAGAUAUCAAGUCACUCAAGCGCAAGAGGACUUGAAGGUGCUGCAGAAAGACGAGAUCAAGUUUGAAGAGAACGCGGAGCGACCUUUUUAGUGUAGUAUUCAUGACCUUAAUUCCUUGAAACUGUACCUAAUGCUGCUAGAUAGAUUCAUGUGAUUAUAGCUAGAAAGGUAGGGUGUUUUUCUUUUUUUAUGCCAUGGAGUUACUUAUAUACCUUGUUAAUUCUGGUGUCACUCUCAUUGUUUUCAGUAGUUGAGAAGUCAUUUCCAACUCUUAUUUCGAAUUAGUCAGAUCAGCAUCAACUGGGAUGAAAUGGGACGAGUUACGGUCACCGACGAAGACUAUUCAUGAUUUUGGAUAUUCCAAGGGCUUUCUUGCUCCAAACUCUGGGAGAAAAGUUACCACCAUAGCUCCCCCAUGUUGGUUUGGAUCCCUAGACGAAGUUGUCAUCUCAAAUAAAGGGUUCUUCCCAUAGACUAGUAACUGAAGUAUUUGCAACAGAGAGCCCC